CGAUCACCUCAUUACUCAACACUUUCACUUGCUGAUCCAACUUUGAGCAUUCUACAGUGUACACUAUUUCUUUACUGACAGGGAAAAUGGAUCACACUGCAGCACCUCCAGACUUGCGCCGCAAGGUCGUCGCAGUCGCUGCCGGUGAAUCUCACACUCUUGCUCUCUCAGGUGAUGGUUGUGUGUAUACGUGGGGAAGAGGAAUGUUUGGGCGACUUGGUACCGGUUCUGAAUCCGAUGAAUUAACUCCGGUUCGAGUCAGUUUUGACAUUUCUGGCCAAUCAGAAAAUAAGAAGCUUAAAAUUGUUGGAAUUGCUGCUGGUGCUUAUCACAGUGUUGCUCUCGCAGAUGAUGGCUCAGUGUGGUGUUGGGGUUACAACAUCUAUGGCCAACUUGGUGGUAACGAAGAGAAUUCUGCGGUACCCUGCUUGAUGGAGCAGUUCCUUGAUUCUUUGACUGAUGAAUCCAAAGCAAAGUAUAAAGCACCAAUUAAGAUUUGUUCUGUCAAAGCUGGUGGAAUGAUGUCUUUUGCUAUUGAUAACAUAGGGGCCUUGUGGAUUUGGGGCAACUGCCCGCAGCAAACCAGCGUCACUGAAGCUGGUUUCUCUCUUGUAAGCAGUUUUACUCCUGUUCCUGUCUGGGAUUUCUAUGGUCACACUGUUGUGAAGGUGGCUUGUGGAAGUGAACAUGUUUUAGCCCUAGUUAGUGCUGGAGAAACGUAUAAAGGUGAAGAUCUAGUAUGCUAUUCUUGGGGUAAUAACAACCAUGGUCAAUUAGGCUUGGGAGAUAGAGAGCCCCGGUCCCGUCCUGAAAUCAUAGAGAUGUUUAAGCAGGACUCACCUUGGGCAGUUUAUGAGGUCGCGUGUGGGUCCUUCCACACAGCUUUGCUUACUCACAAAAAGAGACCAAGUGACACAUUAGGAAGUACGUGCUGGACGUUUGGCCUUGGUGAGAAUGGUCAGCUUGGCCAUGGAACAACCCAAAGUGCAUUGGUUCCCGAACCUGUAAAAGAAUUACCACAGUAUGCAUAUCUAAUCUCUGUUGACUGUGGCCUAUUUCACACUAGCGUUGUGUCAUCUGCUGGAGAGGUGUGGUCGUGGGGAAUGGAAAGAGGUCUUGGUCUAUGCCCGAAUGCUAGUUUUUCCAGUGGUGAAACAGGCGAUGCUUAUUCUCCCCUCCUAAUUCAGUGUAAUGGGCUUCGUGAACCCAAAUUUCAGGAUCCUGUUCAAGUUGCUUGUGGGGCUGCUCAUACUGUUCUUGUUGCACAUGAUGGACAUAAGCUCUGGUCUUGGGGUAGGGGUAGAAGUGGGAUUUUAGGAAAUGGUAAGGCAGUCGAUUGUUUUGCUCCCAGUGUUGUGAUGUGGCCUCCACUUACAGAGGAUUUCAAGCAAGAGGAACUGAAGACUGCUGUUGAGGAAGAUAAGACUGGAGAGAAGGAUUCUGAAAGAGUUGAAGAAAUGGAUAAAAAAUUGUCUUCGGCAAUGGAGGAGAUAAAGCUCCUUCAAUCAAAACUCUCUGUAAUGGAAAGAUAUGCUAGUAUACUUCAUGGCUCAAUUUUUGGUAAACCUUUUGAAGAGCAAGAUAUUCCAAUGUCAUUGAAAAACACAGGUUUUUUUGACAUUACAAAGGAAUGGGAAAACAUGUUAGAAUCAGCAGAUCGCAGUACGCUUGUAAGGUUGGAAAUGUUCUAUAGAAAGAUGGUUGGUAGUGUCAAGGAUAAAUUAAUGAAGAGAAGGAUCCAGGAGAUCAUAAAGGAGACUCUUCAUUCUUCAACUACAGGGAUAUAACUUAAUCGGUCGCAUUUUUUAGUUUGAAUUGAAGAAAGAUUGCGCAUAUAAUAAACAGAAGCUUGUUGAUAUGUUUAAUUAAAAGGAGGGUUUUUUUGUUUGCAUGAUCUUAUAAGAUUGGGUGAUUUCUUGUAAUGUGCGUUGUGGUAGUUGGUGUUUAUUAUUGGUAAUAACACAUAAAUGUAAUGUAUCCUCGUCCAAAAAUAAAAUGCAGAUGUCAUCAUCUUUUUUUUUUUUUUUUU